AUGACUCGAGAUAACAUUCAUGUUAAGCACACAACUCAGCAAGCAGCUGAAUUCUCAUAUUUGGCUGCUUCUUCUCACAAAAGAAAAAAUAGAAUUAUCACUACCAUAAAAUGGAAGCCUCCAACGAGCAAUUUUUACAAGCUAAACACAGAUGAAGCACAUUCAGCCACAACUGCUGGGAUUGGAGGGCUAAUUAGAAAUUCUAAUGUUGAAUGGAUAUUGGGCUUCUCAAGAACUGCCCCAAGGGACACAUCCAUUUCUGCAGAAUUGUAUGUAUUGACUCAUGAGCUAAAAUUGGCAUAUGAAAACAACAUAGAGCCACUAGAGGUGGAGGUGGAUGCAACAGAAGUUAUCACACUAUUACAAUCUGAUAAUAUUCCAUUCUCUAACAUGAUAAAUGAUUGCAGGUACUUCCUGGGCCAGCUAGAUAAUCUAGUAGUGCAACAUGCGUAA